CGUCAGCCGAAGCGGCAGCGACAUCGGCAGCCCAUAAACAAAACAUGGGUCAGAACGAGCGCUAAAUGCGCAUGAAAAGUCGGUUUUUAAUGUAUUGCGGGCGCGAGGGAGACCUCCAAAGCAAGCCCGCAUUGUGAAUCAUGAACGCUUUGAACCUCUACCUAGAAACGUGCCGAAAAGUGUUCGGAUCGGACCUCGAAGACCACAGUGCCUGGGCUGACAUAUAUCGCCUGCUGUCUCUGCUUAGGCAGGCACUUGCGUGCAGUGUGUGUUCCAAUCUCCUGGUCGUCCCGAUGUCUUCGUCUUCGUCCAAGUGUCGGCACGCGGUGUGCAAGGGGUGCAUAGGUCAGACAAUGCGGCUAAGCGCACCCUGCGUCGACUGCAACAACAACACGUCCGGUUUCACCGAGAAUCUGCAGCUUCGCAUUGUGCUACAGUGCUACAAAAAGAUCUGCCGCUACCUGAGUGCGCCCAGCUUUCAGAGGAAGUGGGGUAGUCUGAAUGGUGGUACAAAUAUUACUUUCAGGGACCUUGUCGUCGAAGGGUCGCACCUGGCCGAUAACUAUCGGCACGCAGAUCCAGCUUCGACUAGCUUACCGUCGACGUCGUCCGCAGUGCCUUCCUUGGCAGCUUCGUCAUCAUUUUCUCCAUCGUUAUCCUCAUCGUGUGCAGCAGCAGCAUCCACAACCGUACCUACUCAACCAUCGCGUGUUGUGAAUCGGACUUCAGCCGUAGCCGCGGCCGCGGUGACGAAAAGUGUGAAUGGUGACAGGACGCGUCGCGCUGUGCUGCUCAAUGGAGAUGCAUUGGCACUAGCGCACGACCGUGCCAUUUCUGCGCCGUACAAGCUCAUAAAGGUGCCCGCAGUACUGGAGAUCACCCGAUCCGGUUCGGAUUCGACGUCGGCGUCGGAGUGCGGCAGCCCUUCGGCGGCGGUGCCCCCGACGCCAACCGCUGUGCUGCACUACCAGCGGCCAGCGACGACGUCGGCACGCCGGGGCUGUCGGUGUGGCGCGGCGAGCCUGAAUCCGGGCAAGCUGACGUGCUGCGGCCAACGGUGCCCUUGCUACGUGGCCGGCGCUAGCUGCAAGACGUGUCGCUGCAAAGGAUGCCGCAACCCGGUCGACAAGAUCACCCAGCUCUGGGGCGAGGCUCUGCAAGUGGGCGGCGGUCACGAUGCCGUCAAGGCGGUAAUCGACGGCGGCAAGCCGUCCUCCGAGCCACGGACACAUGUGGUGCACAUCGUGCAGGUGGACGAGUGACGCAACGCCGGUGUGUGCGUGGGCCAUCUGUGUAUGAUCGUGUUUCUGUUUCAUCACAUCCUUCAUUGAAUCCAUCAGCAUCGUGGUUCUAUACCUGUGCGAGGACAGUGUGACGAAGGGCCUUCCUGGAGAAGGUGUAUGUGCUGUGGUAUUCAUUAGUGGUGGGCCCAGUGGACUCUAGCAUGGCAGCGACCUACUGGUUGAACACCGCGGGCGGUUUUCUCUGUUGGCCGCUUUGUAAGCGUCGUCAAGUCUUGCAGGUCUCGAGAGCGUUCUUUAGGACGCUGAUCGACAGUCUUGGUUUCAAGCUUUGGGCUGGCAGGCAUUUAAGGGCUGUCACGUGCUUGAAGGUAGUUUUGACACACUGACAUAGAGGUUAAGGAAUAAGGCACCAUGAUUGCCGGCUACAAAUGUAGAAAGUGCAGUGUGACAUUUCUUAAAGCCUUUGCAGGCACCCAUACAUGAAAUUUGCUGUUGUGACACACACACAACACAGCGCACUAAAAGUAAUUUAAUAUGUAGCAGUGCCAAGGUCCCUUCGCAGCACAAAGCCAUUCCUUAUAGCAGAGUCCUUCCACUUUUUUCUGGUCACGAAACUGCCGCCUCAGUUUCAUAUAGAGCCAGCGCCCGCCGCUAGAGGCGCAACCGUGCAUGAGAGGGCAUGCGAACGCCGCUACCGCUGUGGUUGUGUGCUGGGCAGCCUCGGUAUUCUAGCUUUCUCAACUUCCUCAACCGUCGCUUUAGUUCCACGUAACUAUUUUUAACAUUGAAUAUGGUCAAAUUACUGCCUGAGCGCGUCUUCUGCCAUGAUAUGAGCGCCCGGGACAAAAAAAAAAAAAAAGCCGCACAUAGCAUACAGCUUGCGGCGGUCUCAGACAAAAAAUAAUAAUAAUAAUCUGGGAUUUUAAGAGCCAGAACCGCGAUACGAUCAUGAGGCAUGCCGUAGUGGGGGACUCAGGAUUAAUUUUGACCACCUGGGAUCCUUUAAGAUGCACCUAAAUUUAAAUAAACGUAAAUAAAUAUUUGAAUGAGAUUUAGGUAGGAUUAAUGCAAGACAAACUUCGCUACUAAAUGUCUUUAAAUGCACCUAAAGGUCUGCAAAGCGAUGCCAUUUCAGUAUGACAUUUAGGUAGGAUUAAUGCAAGACAAACUUCGCCAAUAAAUAUCUUUAAAACGCACCUAAACUGAAAAAAAAAACUGUUGCAUUUCGCCCCCGUCGAAAUGCGUCCGCUGUACACGGCCGGGUGGUCUCGGUCCAGAUCUCUACAUCAUCGCCGUUCGCCUCAACACUUCAGUGGGCUCCGUUUUUUUUAAUGUUUGCCUGAAAUUAAACACCGCGCAUUCGCAACAAAGCGCCACUGGUCCCACUUAUCACCAGAUGCCAACAUAUGGGCUGUCACCACCGCUUACCAGUAAGUAAGCGCCAACUCACCGUUGCGCAUAGCGCCAGAUUGUUCGCGGAGCACAGCUGUAAACUUUUUGUUAAACUGUCGCGGAGGACUCUCACUGUGGGCAGUAUCUUACAAGGAGAUCAAAAGAAUCAAAUUGUUAUUGCAAAGGGCUGCUACCGGAGAAUACUUAAUGACAAAGAAAAGGAAACUGAGCUGCUCCGUGCGCUUAAGAUUUCUCUGCAAAGCGAUGCCAUUUCUGAAUGAGAUUUAGGCGGGAUUAAUGCAAGACAAACUUCGCUACUAAAUGUCUUCGGUGCGGUUUUUAGCAACGGAUUAAGGCGAACGUGAAGUGUUAGGACCUGCGCAGUUGAAACUAGCUGUACUGUUAUUAGGCGAUUGCCUUAGCAAGCAGUCGUUUAGAAAUGUCAGUAAGCCCAGCACUUAUUCACGCUGCUCGUGGUUUCGACGCACAAACGACGAGACUAGGUAUUUUGGUUCUUAAUUCGCAACUAUUUACAAUAUGUUAAAAACUUUAUAAUUCGAUUAAGAAAAGAAAUAGAACGUGUUGGUGCAAAAACAAUAUGCAAACACGAUCAUUUAUUUAUCAUGUAAAAUAAGCGGAGCGACAUACAGACAGCACAGAGGCGUCCGGUCACGAAUGGUCCACCAUUCACGAUGCAAGUUUGUUAAAAGCAUGACACUGACAUAAUAAGCGCAAAGAAAUAACAUAAAACGUGAGAGAUAUGCAUUGGGGGGCAGGAAACAAACACCAGCAAACGAAUGGCAAUAAAUACAGAAUGCAUAAUCGAUUGUUACUAUAAACAAGAAAAUGCAAAGCAUAAGCAUUUCAUAACACAUGGCAAAACAACUCUCAAACGAACGCAAGUAGCCACAUCACAAAUACAGCAAUUUUUUUUAAUGGCUUGUUAGAGAUACCACCAUUCCACUGUUACUUGCAACACGUGUUCGGCUUCGUUGUCCCAUCCCGCCACUUCAACUAAACAGCCCUGCACUCGAAAAAUAGCGCAGCACAUGCACACAACACACCCGAUCACUCAGCUCGCCUCGCACUGCGCACGCGUUUCGGUACGCGAACGAUGCCCUCUGUGGCACAGUGGCACCGCGUCGCGGCACCUUUGGGCAGCAUAUGAACCUCUCCCAUAGCGUGACGGCGGAGUUUCGUGACCAGAAAAAACAUGGAAGGACUCUGCUUAUAGUUAUAGGUUUCCCGAAGGCCUUGCUAUAUCUUUUGAUUUUCUGUGCAGAUAUAUUUUCUAAAUCACUCACAGUUUAUGACAAUUUCAGACUCGUAACACUAAUAUGCAGGCAGUAACUACAACCACAUUUUGUUACACACAGUAACUAUUUUCACAUUUUAAUUAAAGACUUUGUAAUUAAAAAUUGAAAGGAAAUGGAAGGAAUGCCUGGUAGCUAAAGCUUGCAUUUUUUGUAGAAUAAUGUGCAGCAUGGUAGUCAGUAUUUGUGGUGCCUCAUCUUUCACACUUAUGUCAUGUGCCUUGCAUUAUGGUUUCACUAAGCCUGGUACUCCUGACGGCCUCCUUGUGCUGACUCUGGAUUAAGCUCAGGUUUCAUAACUAUGCUUGUUGCAGUAAGCUGCUAGUCUGCAGUCAAAUUACAGCCCAGAUGCCUGCUUAUCAAAGCAAUAAUUCCAUUUUUCAGGCCACUUCGCAAAACGGAAUAUUUUGUGCCAAAGUGAGUGUAAAGUUGGGAGACUGCUCUUGGUUUGUAUACUCUAGGCUGUUAAUAAGCGUGUGUCAGUAUUCUGUGUUGCAAAGUUUUGUAAAGGCCCAGGAAGAAAGCAUGCCUAGCAAAAAAAAAGAUCAAGUAUGGGCUUGAGCCAACAUGUAGACACUGUCAGUGUUGUGCUUAGAUCAUGAACUGUGUGGCAGCAGGUUUUAAACUGAACCCACAAAUGAGAAGUACAGCUUGAUGUUGUUGUGUUACUUUGUACAGCUCCUUGUUUUCUCCUGGUGCCUGUUCUAUUGUGUUCAGAUGUUGGUAUGCCUUACUUGAGGUGCAAGAUGGGCCGAAAGUUUGAUAAUCAUUUAACAUCCAUAAAACAAUUUUAUAUAGAGUUCCAAAGAACAGACUGGUAGGUUAGUUGGUACUGCAUAACUUGAAGUCAAGUGCAAAAGAGUACACAGGACGACAGAAGGAAACAAAGACACAGCACUGUGUCUUCGACCACGUUUCAGGGCCUGUGUGCCCUUUUGCACUCUACCUAAAGUUAUUUUUAUAUGUUUUAGUCUGUCACGUUUUGUGGAGGGCAGCACUUUGAAGCAAGCAGUGCGGACUAUUGAUCACUGCCUUAGACCAUGAGAUCAACAAUCACUUGCUGCACAUCAUAUGAAUUUUAUCAUUGCACUGUAAACACACUACCAAAUAAGCAUUAAUGCUUGUGUUUACUAUCUGCAUGCUUUUAAUAUCUCAAUCAAGUGGGCAUUCAUCAUAUUGCUCAAAGUUUUGCACUGCCGAGAGAAGAUAUGCCACUAUGUCGAAUGAUGGGCUAGCCCUGACACUUCUUACUGUUUGAGCAAGUUUGUUGAGUUCUGAAUAAUUCUGUAAGAUGUUCAGUGUAGCCCUAAGUUGGAAGACAUUUUCUCAACAUAUUUCAUAUAGGGUUGACGUACUAAAUUAAUCUAGUAAACAUCACUACAUUUCCUUUUAAGAACCUUGGUUGUACCACUGUUAAAAUUUAUGUUUACACUUGUGUUCUAUACAUGCAACAUGCAAUUUUCCUUUGCUAUUAAUGUUCUAUUGGCAAAUAUACAUUGACUGAAACUCUGGCAUUGUUGCAUCGUCAUUAGGAUAGUGCUGUCAGAAGGAGGUUGUUUUCUUUUUGCUUUAUUUUGCGUUGUUUUUGCACAGGUUGUUGUUAAAAAAAUAGCAAAAAAGGCAAAGUAAAUUAGAUAUUUAAUGAUUGCUUUAUUAGCGGAGGCAUCAAUUGUAACAAACAAUACAAAAGAAAAUAUAAUCCUCGUGCGUUUUUAGUGUUGCUUCCAUCUCUUUUCAGUGCGUUUUACCUAGGUUCCUAUUUGAUGAACAAUAACACAAAUGUCCUUUUAUAAGAGUACUAUGGCCCUUGGUGAGAAGUUAUACCAAGUCCUUAUUUUCAUUUUGCAUGAUCAGCUCUUGAAGUAUAGCUUUCUAUUUAGAAUGUGUAAGAAAGUUAGACACCAGAAGUUAUUACACAAUUAUGAUGUAUGUGCCAGCAUUUCAAAAUUACUGUAUUUGCAUUGGCCGAAGGCAUCUAUACUCAGUGGUGGAUCUGAUAGAUAAUUGACAUUGCUUCAAUGUUUAUGCAAGUCGUCCUGGCUGUCAUUUCAACAAGGUGGCAGUGCUUUGCUUUGCAAUGCCUCAAAUCAUGUGUGUAGUUAUUCCAAAUGAUGCUUAUUGCCUUACCAAGAACAAAGAUUUUCUUUUAAUAGAAAUGUUCAAGUUUAACAAAUAAUUUUUUGUUUGUUACUUUCUGUAUUGCACUUUCUUGGUGAACAUAACACAUAUUUUCAUUGUGCACUGAGACAUAUAAGAAAAUGCUGUAGCGACUUAAUUAAAGAGACCCAGCAACUUACACGAAUGCAUGUGCUAAUAGAAGGAAAAGCUCAUGAAUUGAGUGUGGAUUGUUUGCAAAUGCAGGGGUACUGGCAGUGUAAGAGCGAAAAGGUAAUCCAUACUAUAAAAGUCUUAUUCACACUAGGAUAACUUAAUGAUCUUUCACAGAAAUGGAGCAUGUAGCGAGUUUCAGCUGCAUGGUGUGAAAGUUGUACUCAUUAAGGAAAUGCUGAAUUUUGUGAACUACUCGGAGUGUUUGCUCAUACCCUCUGCAGAUGCUGCUGUUCUUAGCCAACAUCGCCAGGUCAAACCACCAUUUCUGGUAUCACUUUUGCCCCAUCUUGCACCUGCAUUGCAACCUGCGUGCAUUGUGAUGUAUCAACAAUAACUUGUUUAGGAGAGAAGGUUUGAAUGAAUUAGCCGCUGGCUGCACAAACAAACACAGGUACGAAAUGAAAUGUGCCGAAUGAAAUGCAAGUUAUGCAUACUUCAAAUCUUGAUUUUCUUCGUGUGAGCCGCUUGCUCGGAAGUUCACAGCUCCUUGUACAGUUAUUGCAUGUGUAAAUAUCUUGUAAAUAUAUACAUAUUUCAUAUAUGCAAAUUUUGCCUGUAACUACGAUGAGUAUACCAGCGACAUAUUUUUACAGAGAUAAAUAAGAGUAAAGUUCAAUAAAGGUCGCACACUAUGGGCCAAAAUAAUGCCUCUGAUUGUGGCAGUGCAAGGCUGUCUUCAUUUUUUUUUUUGUCACAAGAGAGUUUUCAGUUUUUGGUUUAUUUCUCACUGAACUGCUGGAUUCUUGUGAGCAGCCUUUGGUGGAAUGCAGAAUGGUUCUGCUUCUUGGAUACUGACUGCCUUUUGUAUUUGUACAGUAUUGAGAUCUCUUCUGAUUUCUGUUCCUCCUUAGAAACUGCUUUUUAUUUCUCUCUGCCAUUUUCUGACCGACGCCGUGGUUAUUCAUUUCUGACCGUUGCUGUUAUUACAUGUUCAAUUAUGUAGCUCUGCUACCUUCACAAAUAGUCAGAAAAUAUGUGUGUCCUGGCUGUUUGGUUUUGUGCGCAUUGCUUUUCUUAAAGGAUAAGCUCAAACAGCAGAUUUAGUUUACGUAGUGCAGAGCAGCUAGGUGUGCUAGUAUUCACAUGUACAGCUGGUUAAUUUUUCUCUAACAAUUGAAUACAAACAGUUACACCUGUUGAAACAUUUCAUCGGUGAUCCACUGGUUUCGUAGUUUAUCUGCACUAGUCUUGCGGAAAUAGUGCAGGAUAUAUAAGGAAUCAUUGUUGAUUCCUUAGGAAUAGUGCAGGAGUUCAGUGGAAUUAAUAGUCUGCACAUGGAAGAAUUUCAGUAGAGGUGUGCCCACCGGUGGCUCUCAUAGGCUUUUGAAUAUUGAAGACAUGCUUGACACACAAUGCUUUUCAAAAGUACGUCGGGUACUGUGGGCAUGACAGUACUUCCCCAAAGCUCCACAGGUUUAGAGAGUUCUGAAAUCAGGAUAUCUAUUGAUCUUCCGGUAGCUCAUGGCCUAUGACUAGUGCAUUCUUGACUGACCAACCAUUUAUGUACAUACUCGUGAGCCUAGCUGCGAGAAUGCACGGUAUGUGCAGCCAUGCUAAAAAAAAAAUGCCAUAUCGCAAGGAAAGGUUUCGUGUCUCUAGCUUGUGUCUGUCUUGUGGCCAGCAUGAAGUGCUUUCUCGAAAAAGGGCCCUACGGUGACGACCCCAACUUUGACCGGCUAGUGUGUGGGAUGCGAAGAGAGCAUUUGCCAUGCCGCACUUUCAGAAUCACUCACAGCGUCAACCUAUGCUUGUAGCACCUGCAAUCGCUUCAAAAAACGAUUCUCGAACCCUGAAUGCAUGUCGACUACGAAACGGGUGACACACCGAUGCAAUGGCCAGUUGAAUCUGGGAGCUCCGAGAGCCACCGCCAAAGCAUGCUGUGUCUUUCCAGCCGAACCAGUUAACUAAUGCACGGCGUGGUGGUCAAACUGCGGGCGAGCGUUUUACACACUCCUUUGGUAUUUCAAGAACAUUAAACGUAAUCGCGCAGAGCUUCCCAGUGUCGCGGAACCGACCGAGUGGUCUUCAUUGCGGCAUAAUCGUUGGAUUCCGAACAGGGAUAGAAUACGAUCGCAACGGCAGACAACGAAUAACCGCGGCGUUCGCCUCGUGUGGUUUGAUUUCUGUGUCUUGUUCAUAUGCGGUACGGUGUUCACUAUGCUAUGGUAGUGGUCCUGGGUUAUGUGCACGAACUUUCCCGUAGGGCGCACUGUCGCACCUACCCUUUUUCUGUGCUCGAUCGCCAGACCGCGCGAAAAGCGCGACUCAAUGUGGUCUCGGCGUACUUAAAUGUGGGUGUGUGCUUUGCUGACUCCUGGAAAGUGAGAGCUCUUUUCUAGUUUGGAUUCGGGCUCACGCAUCGAGAAAAUGCCCGCGCCUCUGUCUAAAUUGUUAUUUUUCUUCUUUUUUGUACUUGUUGGUUUUUAUCGCAGCUUUUUUGUUUGUUCGCUAGUGCUGUUAUUUGUUGAAUGCGCUAGCCGUGUAGUUAGUAACGUGCAGAUCGAUUACGUGUUUUAAAAGUAAUUCCCGACUGCGUAGUGGCUGUUCAUUGCAAAUCAGCUUGGGCACAAGUGUAUGAAAACUGCACUGUGACUAUUAUCUUGGGAAUGAAUGGGAAAAUCUCGUUUUCUCGACACGUAUACGCUUCAUCCAGGUAAAGCCGAGGGGGCGUUGCGAGGAUCACUGCAUCAUAUGAAUUUUAUUCUAAUUUUUACUUCAUUUGAGAUUGUACAAAUUCUCGCGUACAAACGAUGCAGAGCUGUUCCGUGGUGAUCUUGUUUCGAAAAAGCGAAGAUAUGACGAAAUCGGCGUUCUCUUGCUGCUGCACUUGCCGUGAAAUCAUUUGUCAGAAAUGGGAGGCACAAAAAAAAAAUAAUGUUGCGGCUAACCUGUAGUCGAUUUGUGACGCUCGCGUAGUGAAACGUGCCCGUUUUGUUGGAUCAUGGUAAAAUAUUCUCGAUUUACAACGAUUUUCUUUCGUUGUCCCUGUUACUCUUAACUAGUUCGCAUCGAACAAAUAUUCAUUCGUCUACUGGUUAAUUACUGUUUGUUAAGACGAGGGAACACACGACUAGACAAGGUUUGUUAAUUUGCUGUGUGCAACUUUUUCCUUAAAUCCCCCAUAAAUCGUACGUUUAUGGAAAUCAAGGCAAUUCAAAAUUCACUUCAUUCAAAAGAUGAACGGCCAUUUUGGCCGUGAAAUAAACGCAAUCCGUUGCAGAGCGCGGUCAUUUCUCGAGGUUGUUGCCCGACGAAUAGUGAAACUUCCACAAUUUUUUUCUCUUCGUAGUGAGCUCUUUCUUUCUGGGCAGACUGGCAUGAGAUUUUCAUUUUCUUUAUCACGAUUUUUUGUGUUUUCCGCAAUCAUUACAAUCUCUUUCGGGGACCUGCUAGUUUUAUCAUGUGGCGUUUUGCUCUUGUGGCGGAGAGAAUGCUUCAUCUGAUAUUUAAAUGACUCGCGAUUGUAGGAGUGUUUCUUUUUCUUUUUUUCUUUUUUGAUCGAUGCCAAACCAACUUUCAAGUUGGAGUGCAACUACGCACAGGUUCUCAGUGACGACCUGAACAUAAAUUUCUGUUAAAAACAGAGAAUAAAAUUUUAAUGAACUGAG